CUUCCUCGUUCUGUGUGCAGUGAGAACUGUGUUCCUGGAUUCAGAAAAUCGCCUCAGGAAGGCAAAGCUAUCUGUUGCUAUGAUUGUACUCAAUGUCCAGACAAUGAAAUUUCCAAUGAUACAGAUAUGGAUAAUUGUGUGAAAUGUCCAGAAACUCACUAUGCCAAUACACAGCAGAACCACUGCCUCCAGAAAGAUGUGACAUUCCUGUCCUAUGAAGACCCUUUGGGGAUGGCGCUCUCCUGCAUAGCCCUGGGCUGCUCUAUAUUCACAGUUUGUGUUCUUGGUGUCUUUGUGAAGCACCACCACACUCCCAUUGUCAAGGCCAACAAUCGGGGUCUCACUUAUACUCUACUCAUUACUCUGACCUUCUGUUUUCUCUGUUCCUUGCUCUUCAUUGGCCGACAAAACAAAGUCACCUGUAUCCUGCAGCAGAGCACAUUUGCAAUUCUGUUCACAGUGGCUCUCUCCACAGUCUUGGCGAAAACAGUUACUGUAGUUCUGGCCUUCAAGGUCACUGUUCCAGGGAGAAGGGUGAGGUGGCUAAUGAUAUCAACCCCUAACUUCAUCAUUCCCAUCUGCACCCUCAUUCAGCUUGGGCUCUGUGGAGUUUGGCUGAGCAUCUCUCCUCCCUUUGUUGACCCAGAUGCUCACUCUGAACAUGGACACAUCAUCAUUGUGUGCAACAAGGGCUCAACUGUCGCCUUCUACUGUGUCCUAGGAUACCUCUGCUUCUUGGCACUUGGAAGCUACAGUAUGGCCUACCUCUCCAUGAACCUCCCUGACACAUUCAAUGAAGCAAAGUUGUUGGCAUUUAGCAUGUUGAUGUUCUUCAGUGUGUGGGUCACAUUUCUUCCUGUCUACCACAGCACCAAGGGCAAGGUCAUGGUAGCCAUGGAAAUCUCCUCUAUCUUGGCAUCUAGUGCAGGCCUCCUGGGAUGCAUCUUUGCUCCCAAGUGCUACAUUAUUUUGUUAAGACCAGAUAAGAACUCCCUGCAUUUCAUCAAGAAAGAAGCACAAAUUUCCAAGCUACAGCUUAAUCCAUGUGUUUCUUAA